ACUAAGUAAAAAGUAGCAGAAAACUUUUAUACACACACAUUUAUCAAACUCAUCGUUGCAAACCCAUUUUAAAUUAACCAUGAGAAAGAAUGUCAUGUUUACGUUGCUGGCAAUUCUUUACUUGCUUAUGAACAUUGUUUCAUCUAUAAAUAGUUCCACUGAUGAGUAUUCUCUUCUAGCCUUCAAAUCUCAAAUAACAUUUGAUCCAAAUAAAAUAUUAACUAACAAUUGGUCUCAGGGAACCUCGUUCUGCAACUGGAUUGGCAUUACCUGUGGCAGGAGACAUCAAAGAGUUAGGGUCUUGAAUCUAGCAAAUAUGGGUAUAGAAGCUAUUAUUGCUAAAGAAAUCGGAGAACUCUCUUUUUUGAGAUCUUUGAUUAUUAGAAAUAAUAGUUUCCAUGGAUUUAUCCCCUCCACAAUUGGUAACUUAAGUCAGCUUCGAGAAAUAGAGAUGCAGGAGAAUGAGCUAAAUGGUCCUAUUCCAACAAGUUUUGGAUUUCUUGAAAAUCUACAGACGUUAAAUAUCUCCUAUAAUGGACUCACCGGAAAUAUUCCUAACAUGAUUUUCAACCUCUCUUCUCUUAUUGAAAUUAGUUUUGUAAACAAUAGUCUCUCAGGAAGUCUACCUAUGGAUAUUUGCUACAAUCUUCAAAAGCUAGAGAGGCUAAGAGUCUCAGGGAAUCAAUUAAGUGGCGACAUUCCUCCAAACUUGGGAACAUGCACAAAUUUGGAACUGCUUUCACUGUCAUACAAUCAUUUUUCUGGAAGAAUUCCAAUGGAAAUUGGGAACUUAUCAAAUCUUCAAGUUCUCUAUCUAGGUGGAAAUAAUUUGACAGGAAACAUUCCAAAUGAAAUUGGAAACAUGUUAGCACUUGCAAAACUAGGUUUGGAGCGCAACGAUUUUAGUGGAAAUAUUCAAAUUGAAAUACGAAAUCUAUCAGCACUUACAUAUUUAGCUCUGAGUCACAAUGGUUUCAGCGGAAGCAUUCCGAAUGGAUUUGGAAACUCAUCAGCACUUCAAUAUUUAUAUUUGAAUUGGAAUAUCUUAACAGGUAUAAUUCCACGUUCAAUUGCUAGUUUAUCAAAUCUGAAGGAUUUGGUCGUCGGUUAUAACAGUCUUCUUGGAAAUAUCCCACGAGAAUUGGGACUUCUAUCAAGUUUGGAAUUGUUAGAUUUUUCCGUCAACAAUCUUCAGGGAAACAUCCCACAAGAAUUGGGACGUCUAUCCAAUUUAAAAAGGUUAGGUUUGUCCAUCAACAAUCUUCAGGGUCACAUACCUGAUUCUAUCUUCAACCUCUCCAUGUUACGAAUACUUUCUCUUUCUGAGAAUAGUCUAUCCGGCAAUCUUCCAUCGUCAAUUGCCAAUGGGCUUCCCAAUCUUGAAGUUCUCUAUCUUGGUGGCAAUGGAUUGAGUGGAAAAAUUCCUGCCUCUAUUUCAAAUAUUUCUAAGCUUACUGUUUUGGAUCUUGCUAACAACUCCUUAAGCGGACAAGUACCCAUGAAUCUUGGGAAUUUACAGAACCUACAGAUUCUAAAUCUAAUGGGUAAUAAGUUAACAAAUGAUCCUUCAAUGCUGGAAUUGGAUUUUCUUACUUCAUUGCAAAAUUGUCGGAAGUUGAAGAGUAUAAGAGUGGGAUUAAAUUCUUUUCACGGAAUAUUACCCAAAUCCUUGGGUAAUUUGUCAUCAUCUGUUGAGAGUUUUGAAGCCAGUUUUUGUGGUAUUAAAGGCAUCAUUCCUAAUGAAUUUGGUAAUAUGAGCAACUUGUUCGAUUUAGACAUUGGAGGUAAUAAAUUGACAGGAACAAUUCCUAAAAUAUUGGGUCAAUUAAGAAAAUUGCAAAAGCUUAGACUUGAUGCCAAUAAACUUCAGGGGUCAGUACCUGUCAACCUUUGUAAUUUGGAAAAUCUGUAUUAUCUAGAUUUGAGUAUCAAUCAGCUCUCUCAACAGCUACCAACGUGUUUAGGGCAUCUUACCUUUUUACGAGAAAUUUAUUUAGAUGACAAUUCAUUGACUUCCACUAUCCCAUCCACGUUGUGGAGUAACAAGGAAAUUCAGAUUUUGAGUUUCACUAAUAAUUUGCUGAACGGGUCGCUGGCUCCCGAAAUUGGAAGCAUUGAGGGCAUGCGAGAGUUAUAUCUAUCGGGAAAUCAAUUCUCAGGUGAUAUUCCAAGCACUAUAGGACAACUUCUGAGUUUGGAAAAUCUAUCAUUAUCAAACAAUCGAUUACAUGGUCCUAUACCUGAUUCAUUCGGUAAUCUUAUGUCAUUGAAAACAUUGGAUUUAUCCAAGAACAAACUCAAUGGUGUAAUCCCCAAGUCAUUGGAGAAACUUGAGUACCUUAAGUAUUUCAAUGUUUCGUUCAAUGAACUCAAUGGUGAAAUUCCAAAUGGAGGGCCUUUUAAGUACUUCACGGUAGAUUUUUUCAUGGGCAAUAGAGAAUUGUGUGGAGCAUCUCAUUUUAAGGUCAAGCCAUGUGAACAUAAUACAACAAGAAUAUCAAGCAAAACUAGAGUUUUGAAGUAUAUUUUACCAUCAAUUGCCGUGGUAUUUAUUUUGGCCAUUGCUGUGGUUUAUUUAAUAAGAGGCCAUAGCAGAAAUAGACUUCUUCCAGCUCUUUCUACUUUUGCAAUCACUGUCAAGAGGAUUUCAUAUUAUGAAGUUCUAAAUGCUACCAAUAAAUUUAGUGAAGAGAAUUUGAUUGGCGAAGGCAGUAUUGGUUCAGUGUAUAAGGGAACAUUUUCAAAUGGAAUGAUUGCUGCUAUUAAGGUUUUUAAUCUGGACUUGGAAGGUGCAAACCAAAGUUUUGAAACUGAGUGCCAAAUGCUUUGCAACAUUCGUCACAGAAAUCUUGUCAAGGUAAUUAGUAGUUGCUCUAACCUUGAUCUUAAAGCCUUGGUGUUGGAAUAUAUGCCUAAUGGAAACCUUACCAAAUGGCUAUCUUCGAACAACUAUUUCCUAAAUUUAGCUCAACGAUUGGAAAUAAUGAUAGAUGUGGCAUCUGCACUAGAGUAUCUACAUCAUGGGUAUCCCUCUCCGAUUGUCCAUUGUGAUUUGAAGCCCAGCAACAUACUUUUAGAUGAAAAUAUGGUUGCUCAUGUUGCAGACUUUGGCAUUGCCAAGCUUUUCACUAAAGACCAGAGAAUUUCAAUUACCAAGACAUUGGGCACCAUUGGAUAUAUGGCUCCAGAGUAUGGAUCCACUGGAUUAGUAUCAACUAUGGCGGACGUUUAUAGUUAUGGAAUUAUGCUGAUGGAAACACUUACCAAGAAGAAACCAACAGAUGAUAUGUUUGUUGGAGAGUUCACAAUAAGGAAAUGGGUGAAUGAAUCAUUCCCAGAUGCAAUAAUGCAGAUAGUGGAUGUCGAUUUAGUGAAUGCUGCAGAAGACAAUAUUCGAGCUAAGGAGAGCUGCUUAUUAAUCAUGGAACUGGCACUAGAAUGCACAACCGAUUUGCCCGAGGAGAGGCUCAUUGCUAAAGAUAUUCUAACAAGGCUUAAGAAGAUCAAACACAAUUUUGUCAAAGCAUAGCUAAGGUGGAACAAGAUAAAAGGAUUGGUUCUUAAUGAGAACACAAAAAAAAAAAAAAAAAAUUGAUUAUUUAAUCAAAAUCUAUUUUCUAUUUCACAAUUAAUUUUAAAGCUUAUUGUAUAUUGGCAUUUCAGGAAACUUUGUAUCACUCUUCAGAUUUUAAACUCCGUUGGCUUCCA